CUUGUUAAACUUAUCGUUUAGUCAAUUGGUCACUGGUUGGCCAACUAUACCCAUUCCACCUUGAUUUGGCGUGGCAUCGGAGCGGCUAUUUCCCGUCUUUUGUUGAAUUUCUGUCAUCAUGUCGAUGUUUAGAAAACCCUCGGAGAUCUCAUCGUCUUCUAGUUCAGAUGAGGAGGUCCAAGAGCUUCAUAUCUCGGGCCCUCGUCCUGAGGUCCGCUCUAAGCAGCGACAUCAGCCGAAGAAGAAGGGCGUUUUGUCGCCUACGUCAGUAGGAGACAGCACUGAUGUUGAUGGUCAUGGAAAGAUGAUGACCGCUGCUCUUCUCGAGUUCUAUUGUCUCACUCGAGCCGCGGAUUUACUUAACGCGCAGCCAGGCUCCCACGGGCAGUACACGCGGGAUUCUCCCGAGGUUAUAGCUCUCGGGCAUGAUAUGUACACUCAUCAGUCGGAAGUCCUCUCCCAGCAUGGAAUUGUGAACGAAGGUGCAGAGAAGGAAGCCUUAAGGCCCACAAGACAGCUCUAUCGAGAUACGCUGGAUUUGAUUGCUAGCCGUUCCUUUAACCGCCUCGACUUGCACGAUCGUCAACCUAGAUCAGCCUCUGUUGGGGCCCGGGCCCCUUUGCCGAAGACCUCUAGUGAAUUGACACUCCAUAAAGGUCGUUCGGACUACACGCAACUCAGACAAAAGGCCAACUCUCUUGGUUCAAUGCAGAAGCCUAACAUUGACCACCUAUUCAGCCCGCAUCUGGCUCCUUUUCUGGAGAUAUCGCGCUACGCGUUACAGUUCACUGAGAUCAGUGUUCUAGGUCGGGGCGCCUUCGGGGAGGUCUACCACGUGAAAAACCAUGUCGAUGAACACGACUAUGCGAUCAAGAAGAUACCUAUCAGUCGGCGACGACUCGCGCAACUAGAAGGCGGAAACAAGCACCAUUUGGGAGAAAUCCUGAAAGAGAUCCGGACACUUGCCAAACUUGACCAUGCCAAUAUCGUCCGGUAUUAUGGCGCUUGGGCAGAAAAGAACCUGUCACACCAUUCUAUGUCGCCGCAGAUGUCGACUGCGGAGGGCCAGAACAAAAAACUGGCGAUCGUCUUUGAGGAGUCUGAAACUUCGGCUUCCGGCCAACCGCCGCUUACUUCUACAUCGAAGUUCACCUCUAGAGAAAGCACGGACGACGAAGACGACGACAUCUCGGCUGACCCCUCGAUCUCCAACAAUAUCUCUCAGGACCAGCCUAGCUCACUUCGCAGCGCUGAUGAAGAUAUCUUCACAGACGGCCUCAGUCACAAUCCUUCGAGCAUGCAACUUCAACGCACCCGUGGAAGGGGUCUUGAGAUUCCUGUGGUGAUCUUGCAUAUCCAGAUGUCGAUGCAUCCGAUAUCUCUCCACGCAUAUCUUAACCCGCGACCCAGCACACAUGCAGAUGACUCGGGGAAGCCACGGCGUCGCCACUGCUUUCACUUGGUUCCCUCCUUGCAACUGAUGGUGGACAUUCUUUCCGGUGUGCUUUAUCUGCAUUCAAAGGACAUCAUCCACCGCGACCUCAAACCGGCCAACAUCUUCCUCUCUUGUCCGGAGAAACACCACACCCACACUGGUUGUCAUCCCUGUCAAUCCGACGGCGGGCCGGGACUUCAUUACUGCCAGCCCCGCAUCGGCGACUUCGGCCUCGUGGCUGACAUCUCGCAUCUGAACGAUCCUUCAUCUGACGGCUCGCCUCAGUCCUCAGAGCACGGCUCGAAAAUUCACCACAUCGUUGGUACAGAGUUCUAUCGUCCACCUCUCGACUCGAGUGGGAUGAUCUCCAGCGGGUAUGUUCACCAAUACGCCCAGGAGGUAGGGAUGGAGCAGCCCAUGCGAUAUGUCUGCGACUGGUCGCUUGACGUUUAUUCCUUGGGUAUCAUUCUUUUCGAGCUGCUCUAUCCUCUCAACACGAAGAUGGAGCGCCAUCUCGUGCUGGAUGAUCUGACCAGGGGCCCGUACAAGAAGCCGCCGACCGCAUCCAUCAACGGAGCAUGCCUGCCCAGAGACUUCAUGGACAAAGUUCACAUGGGCGAUGUGAUGUUGAAAAAUGGAAAAACGGUGGCUGAAGCCUUGGCGAGCUGCAUUGGAGGUAUGCUGGAUCCCAACCCUCGGCAACGCUGGCGGUGUGAGGUCAUCCAGAAGUGCCUGCGAGAGAUCCUUGCCACUGUGCACCCGGAGUCGUAUUGAUGUGGUAUCUCUUAUGCUGCAAUUGAUCCGACGGCAUACGCACAGGUCUAUCGAUCGGUUUAGAGUAAGUAUACCCUGCAUUUAGCGCAUAGCGUUGAACAUUCUCCUUAAAUAGCAUCUGCUAUUAACUAUUCUACUGUAAUCUCUGUCAAAUAACCACAUACCAACUUCUCCGAAUAUAUACACCCAAUGACAGCAAAAUCUCAGAUUUCUAUAUUCUGUUCUUAUCGAACAUC